GAUGACACAGGAUGUCCUAGCAGCCAGUCAGUAUCUCCUGUGAAGACGCCCUCAGAUGCUGGGAACAGCCCCACUGGCUUUUGUCCUGGAAGUGAUGAAGACUUCACCAGAAAGAAAUGCACGAUUGGAAUGGUUGGUGAGGGAAGCAUCCAGUCAGCUCGAUAUAAGAAGGAAUCAAAGUCAGGCCUUGUAAAGCCAGGUAGUGAAGCUGAUUUUAGCUCCUCGAGCAGCACGGGCAGCAUUUCCGCUCCUGAGGUCCAUAUGUCUACUGCUGGAAGCAAGCGGUCUUCUUUUACACGCAAUCGAGGUCCGCAUGGGCGGAGCAAUGGAGCUUCAUCGUACAAAUCUGGCAGCAGUCCACCCUCCCCACGAGAAAAGGACCUUCUGUCCAUGCUGUGCAGGAAUCAGUUGAGCCCUGUUAACAUCCAUCCUGGUUACGCACCUUCUUCCCCAAGUAGUAGCAACUCAGGCUCCUACAAAGGAAGUGACUGCAGCCCCAUCAUGAGACGGUCUGGAAGGUAUAUGUCUUGCGGAGAAAAUCAUGGUGUCAAACCCCCAAAUCCAGAGCAGUAUUUGACUCCUCUGCAGCAGAAAGAGGUUACAGUGAGGCACCUAAAGACCAAGCUGAAGGAAUCAGAGUCCCGACUUCAUGAAAGAGAAAGUGAAAUUGUGGAGCUUAAGUCCCAGCUGGCCCGCAUGAGAGAAGACUGGAUUGAAGAAGAAUGCCACCGGGUAGAGGCCCAGCUGGCACUCAAGGAAGCCAGGAAAGAGAUUAAACAGCUCAAACAGGUCAUUGAAACUAUGAGGAGCAGCUUGGCUGAUAAAGAUAAAGGCAUUCAGAAAUAUUUUGUGGACAUAAACAUACAAAACAGGAAGUUGGAGUCUCUACUUCAGAGCAUGGAGAUGGCACACAGUGGCUCCCUGAGGGAUGAACUGUGUCUGGACUUCCCAUGUGAUUCCCCAGAGAAAAGCUUAACCCUAAACACCCCUUUUGGUCAUGUGGUGGAUGGGUUCUCUCUGGAGGAGCAGGUCACUGAGCAAGGGGCCGACAGCGAGCUGCUGGUGGGAGAUAGCAUGGCCGAUGGCACAGAUUUGCUUGAUGACAUGGUGACCGCCACCACCACAGAAUCUGGAGACCUGCAGUUUGUUCAUUCCACUCCUGGGGCCGCAGUCCCUGAGAUCGCCCCGGUGGCGGUGGGUCAGGAGGAGGGCAGCGUGGUGGUGGAGCAAGCCAUCCAGACGGAUGUGGUGUCCUACAGCCCCGCGGUGUCGGAGCUCAUUCAGAACGUGCUCAAGCUCCGGGACCCCUGUCCCUCGAGCUUGGUAUCCCCUGAUGAGUCUGGGGCUGACUUCACGGAGAGCUUCCCAGAGCCCAUCCCUGCUUUAGUGGUUGAUCUAACUCCGAGAGAUCCGAACUCAGCCAUCCUGUUGUCUCCCGUGGAGACCGCAUGCUCCACGGUGGACGUGCAAGCUCCCAAGAACCGCCUCAUGAGGGAGCUGGACUUUGCAGCCUGCACGGAGCAAAGGCUGGACGGCCUCAUCCCGCUGCCUCGGGGGCGCGUCGCAACGCACUACUGGAGCAGCAGCUUCCUGGUGGAUCUCCUGGCGGUGGCCGCCCCCGUGGUCCCCACCGUUCUGUGGGCAUUCAGUACUCAGAGACGGGGGACAGAUCCCGUCUACAACAUCGGAGCCUUGCUCCGGGGCUGCUGUGUGGUGGCCCUGCAUUCUCUUCGUCGCACCGCCUUCCAUAUCAAAACCUAAAUAGAAGUUGUUACCGUGUGCCAAUUUGUCACGUGUGGCAUUGUGCCAGGUAGAGAGACAGCAGGUCGAUCGAUGGCGGUCUCUAUUCUGUCGUUUUGCUCCUCAGUAUUUGAUUUGCACUAUAUUUAGUUGAAGCCUGUUAACUGUUUAAAACCGAAGGUAUCUUCAGAGGCAUGGAGACCUGGUUCCAGUAAAUGUCCCAACAGUCUGGUUUAGAAAGCAUGCUCAUGACCCUGCCGUGUCGUCGAGGUACCUGUUCUUAUCCUAGUGGUUCAGGAAGAGAAAAUGCAGUUUGCACUUUCAAGACAGCUUCUCUAAGGCUGGCAUGUUAUCUCCUUGCUUUGCUUUGUGCCGUUU